AUGAGCGGAUUUAAUAAAGAAAAUAAUCCUGAAAAAACAUUAGAUUUAUUUAAUAAAAUGAAAAAUGAUGGUAUUCAAGCAAAUGUUGUUAUUUAUCUCUGUCUUAUUAAAGCUUUAUCAAGAAUUGGUGAUUAUUCUAUAUCUAUAUCCAUUAUUAAACAAAUGCCCGAUUCUUUUUUUCAUGAUAAUCAAAUUCAAACAGCAUUAAUUGACAUGUGGGGCAAAAUUGGGUAUAUGGAUAAAGCAAAAGAAAUAUUUGAAAAAAAUCUUCAACCAGAUCAAGCAAUGCAUAAUUCGAUGAUUCAUGGUUAUGGUUUAAAUGGAAAAUCUGUUGAAGCAAUUCAACAUUAUCAUCGAUUGCCAAAAGAUUUUAUCGAUGAAAUAACUAAUAUUUCUGUUUUAAAUGCAUGCUCUCAUUCGGGAUUGAUUGAUGAAGCUUGCUCUAUCUUUCAAAGUAUUCGAAAUAAAACAGAAACUAUUUAUAGUGCAAUGAUUGAUUGCUUUAGUCGUGGAUCAUUUUUUGAAGAAGCACAAAAACUAAUUGAUGAAUAUGAACAUUCUCAUCCACCUAGUGUGUCAAUGUAUAUGGCGUUAUUAUCAGGUGCUAGAAAUGAAAAGAAUAUUCAUCUAUCAAAAAUUGUUUAUAAUCGUAUGAAAAAAAUAUUUCCUGCUGAACAGAAUGCAUUAAUACCAGCUGCUGUGCUUCUUGCUAAUGUUUAUGGAUCAUUAGGCGAAAAUAACAAAGCAUCAGAGAUAAGAAUUCAACUGGAGAAGUUACGUUCAAAGCAUAAAAAAAGAGUCGGUCUUGCAUGGGCAUCAGUUAAUGGACAAGUAUUUAAAUUUCGAGCUCAUGAUGAGUCACAUCCUCGAGCAAAUGAGAUUUAUGCUGAAGCUGAAAAAAUAUCAGAAGAAAUCGUUAAGCAUGGUCAUAUAUACGAUUCAAGUUGGGUUACACGGCCUUUGAACCCGGACGAAACCAUUGCAUCAGUCCUUUGCGGUCACAGUGAAAGACUUGCCAUUGCAUGGUGUUUUCUUGAAAAUCCUAAUGCAAAGCGAAUUCAUGUAGCGAAAAAUCUUCGUAUAUGUGGUGAUUGCCAUCGAGCGACAAAAUUAAUUGCUGCUAUUCGUGAAUGUGAAAUAAUUGUUCGGGAUGCCCACCGAAUUCAUCAUUUCUAUACAAAUGGGCAAUGUUCAUGCAAUGAUUACUUCUGA